GCACCGCCAGCCUGAGUAGCGCGGUGCAUCCCUCUUAGGGCCAGCUAUGCCAGCACACACGAUCUACAUAGCGAUAACAGGCAAGCAAGCAACUGGGAAAAUGUCACUGGCAGCGCGAUUGAACGAUAAAGUGUAUUUUUCCCAUGGACAUGGGUUUGAGUUCCGGUUUUCUGUCGUUGAUGGAAAGUCACAAUUCGCAAACAUGUUGCUUAUCAUCUUCGAUGCCAGCACUCCCACUAGCUAUCCGGGAGAGCUGCUUUACAAGGCAUAUAUUCGCAAGCAAUCAUUGUGCGUCGUGGGCACCAAAAGCGAUCUCUUGAUUCAGGAAGAUUGCCAUCCAGAACUGACGAAUCGCGAGUAUUCCUGCCGUUUUGGAUAUUAUUAUGAUGUCGACUACGUGCUUGUAAGCAACAUGAGGGGGGAUGGAAUCGAGGAUCUCAUGGGGACAAUAGUUUGUAACCUCUAUCCCGUUCCCCCUCUGAAGAGAACAUUCGUCGAGCGUCUGUCAUCGGGUGCAGGUUCCCUCAUAUCUUCCAUUCUGGAUGGCAUAAUCGCAUUGUUUGUGCUGCCUCAUCCUCGACAGCAACAGGACAUUCCUGUCGUACCAUUAAUUGAAAGCGAUGAUGAAGUCAUCCACCUCAUGGACAGCUCUGCAGUCAAAGAUUGGGACAAAAGUCUCCUCCAACGCUUGAACGCAGGAGGAUCCGACCAAGGUGUUCCUAGUCACCUCAUCACGCCUUUUCUCAUUGCCAAGGAUGCAACGUCUUCAGAGUGAGACAGUAUGGAAUACGUGCGUCAACACACAAGCAUACCGAUCCCUCGCGCAUACCACAACCACUUCUCAUGGUUGAUCAUGGACCGUGUCGAUGGUCAGAUGCUUUACGAAUGUUGGAACGAGCAGAGCGCCUUCAUGAAAUUCCGCAUUGCUUGCACGCUACGACUUUAUGUUAAUCAACUUCGCUCAAUAACGUCAGAAAGAGCAGGUGGCAUUACGG